UUCUUCAACGAUAAUUCUCAAAAACCUCUGCUGCUGAAAAUUUUUUUCAUUUUCUAAUUUCCUCUUUUGGUAAUGGUAGCACAAUGAAGCUCCUUUUGCAAUUGAAUCCAAACCUCUGUCGCCGUGCCCAUCGAGUUUUAAGGAAUCAGUUUUCCUGUACUUAUUCCUCCUCCUCUUCCUCCUCUUCGGCGCCAAGCUCUCUGUAUCGUAGGAUCUUGGGGGCGGGAGGUCCAGCGGUCUCCGUGGUGCCUGUUCUCGAGAAAUGGCUCGACGAAUGCAACGACAUUAAGCGAUCUGAGCUGCAGAAAAUCAUCAAGAACCUUUGUAAGAAUCGCCGGUAUGGGCACGCUCUUCAGAUAUCACAAUUUAUGAAUGACGGACUGUGCUUUGACUUGUCACCUGGAGAUGCUGCAGUUCAGUUGGAUUUAAUUUCAAAAGUUUAUGGCAUAGAAGAAGCAGAGAAAUAUUUUAGCGGCAUUCCUGAAAAUUCAAUAAGCUACGUGGUUUAUUGUGCUCUUUUAAAUUGCUAUGUACAUCCUAAACAUUUGGAAAAAGCAGAGGCUCUCAUCGAAAAGAUGAAUGAGUUGGGGUUCAUAAAAAGUUCGCCAUCGUACAAUUUAAUACUAAAUCUUUAUUCUCGGAUGGGCAAAUAUGAGAAACUAGAUGGCCUGCUACAAGAGAUGCAAGAAAAAGGCAUUACUAGUGACUUGUUUACGGUCACAAUCCUGUUAAAUGCUUAUGUAGCCUCUUCUGACAUUGAAAAAAUGGAAAAACUUCUAAUGAAGAUUGAAGCGGAGGCUCACAUUAGCAUGGACUUCAUAUCUUAUGCUGUUGCAGCGAAUGGUUAUUUGAAAGCUGGCCUAAUUGAAAAGGCUUUAACGAUGUUGAGGAAAUCAGAGCAGCAGCUGAUUAAUAUUAACUCAAAAAGGUUUGCUUAUAACACUCUCCUUACUUUAUAUGCUGCUGCACGUAGUAAAACUGAAGUUUAUCGUAUUUGGGAUUUAUAUAAGAACGAGGGGUUCUUUAAUGAAGGCUAUAUACGGAUGAUAGGUUCAUUGGUGAAGUUGGAUGAUAUGGCAGGUGCAGAGAGGAUUUGGGAGGAGUGGGAUGUUGGGAAGAUAUCAUUUGACAUUCGCAUUCCACAUUUUAUGAUCAAAGCUUAUUGCAAAAAAGGUCUUUGGGAAAAGGCCGAGGCAGUCAUAAACAAGAUUAUAGAAAAUGGGAUGGAACCUAAUGUGACCGCAUGGGAUUGUGUGGCAGCUGGAUAUUAUAGAGUUGGUCAGAUGGCAAAGGCAGUAGAAGCAAUAAAGAAAGCAGUUUCAGUAAGUAAACCAGGGAAAGAGCCACGCUUUUAUAAUGUACAGGCAUGUCUUGUGUAUUUGAAAGGUCAGGGAGACGUGGAAGCUGCAAAAGAGCUUUUGAAGAUGAUUAAGGAGACUCGUUGUUACUCAGCAGAUGCUUAUGAUAAACUGUUAAGUUGCAUUGAGGAAGAAAAACUGACAACCAAUGCUUUUGAUGGAGGGGUGGAGAAUGAUCAGACUGGUGGAAAACCACCUAAAACCUUGGAGUAAACAGACAAGGGAAGUUCCUGAAUUAUGAUGGCAUGUUAAAAAAAAUUAUGACAAACUAGUAAUUUGCUAUGACUGUUAGCUAUUGAAACGCUUAGUGUUCAUCUAUCUAGAUUCUCUCUGUUCUUUUGGGUUCUUCAAGGUUUUUAUAGAAAUACAUUUUGAUGUACCAAACAGAAUUUUCUACAGAAAAUGGAGCUGACUUCAGUUUUGUAGUUCUUUUUGGCAAAUUGGAGUUUGUACAGAAAAUGUAGCUGGCUCCAGUCUUGUUAUUUA